AAUUUAUAUUAAUUUGUAUCAACUUUCCAAUCAAGAAAUAGAGUUUCAGGUUUAUAUAAAAAAAAAAUACCAAAAUUUUCGUUUUCCUUAUUUCACGUUUUAUUGCUUACAGAGAUGCGAAGGAAUCAACCUAGUGGUUUCCAUGAUUGGCUCGAGGGCAUUGAACGAUAUAUCAAGAUGAACGGAUGCGAAGAGAGUGCGUGAAGCAUUUUGCUCUUGGUAACGAACGAUCUAUGCAUUUAGUCACUAAAAUAUUAUUAUUUCGGACGCAAAGGUUAUUUGCUGAUUGAAUUUCCCGCAUGAAGACGCCACUGAAAGUUUCGAGAUUAACACUUUUUAUAUUAAACUCGGGCAGACGGCUUUUUAUCGACAAUGUCGCGAGAAACUUACGCUGGUGUGCCGCAGCGCUCCCCGAGAAUGUCUCGCAGACAAGAGAUGGCGACUCUAGGACAGGGGCUGACAUCUAAAAGCUACACAUCAACAACGCAGUCGCCUUCCGGACAAGGCAGCCCAGUUGCUUCACGUGUUCAUUCUUCGCCUUCGCAGGUUCGUAGAACUCGCGUAAGUAGGUCUAGCAAUAACAGCCCUUUAAACGUACCUCCAGACAAUUACAUCUCUCAUUCUUUAAGUAGUAGCGCUUUUCACGCUAGCCAAGGUUACUACAGUGACGACCCUGAUAGUCCCGUUAUGGACGUCCGAACCAGCAGUUCCGCCCAAAACUCGGGCCACCGAAGUCGAUCGAUCACUCGGGGGACCCCACGAAGCUACCACUCGUUGGAACGUGAUCAAGAAAGAGAGUUUGUCCCAAUACAAGAACCAAGAGAAAGAUCACUCGACCGCGUAGAGAUGAACAGACAUUCCCGAGGUCGUGAACGUUCUUUGGAGCGUUCGGGGUACAGGGACAGAGAAAUGGAGCGCGAUCCCUAUUAUCGUGAUCGUGAAAGUGCCCUAGAUAUGGACGGAUAUGCUAGAGACACCGGUCAUCACAUCCCGCGAACUACUCACAGUUCCUCAGCUCCAAAUAGUGAAAGGCCCAGUUAUUCCAGGGAUAACUUUAUCCUAGAGAUCCAAGCUAGACUAAAUGACCUGCAAAGUCAAUAUGACAACGUAAAACGUGAAUUAGAUGUUACAACUCAAAAACUAGGCUCUAGCAUGCACAGUAUUAAAACGUUCUGGAGUCCAGAACUAAAGAAAGAACGUGCUUUAAGAAAAGAAGAGGCAGCGAAAUAUACAUUAAUUAACGAUCAGUUGAAGAUUUUAAGAUCUGAAAAUCAGGUUUUUCUUUCCCAAAGGAACCAGGACAGCAAAACUUAUAAUGUAUAUAUA